GUCCAGUUCCAGAAGUGGGUCAAUGUCACGAGAGAAAAAGAGGGAAGUACAAUGCUAUCAUUGCCAAAAAUGGGGAAACCAUUAUGCAUAUAAUUGCCCUCAAAAGAAGUCCCGUUCGAGAGUGAACCACACUGACCGCACUGACCAGUCGAGUGAUAGCGAGCGUGAGGAUAACAUCUCCUCAAUGUUUCUCAACAGCGUGGUCGUGAAAGUGGACCCUGAGAGAAACCCGCGAAUUGGGAGUGAGCGGAAUACCAGUAGUGUUCGUGAUGGUGGCAGUGGCAAUGGGAAGAAAGUUGCAAAGAGCCAGGAAGGUGAUCUUCCAGAUGGCCGCACUAAAAAGUGCAGUGCAGUGAAUGGCUGUGAAAGUCAACGUGUGGUGGUGCGCAGCGUCUUCUCCAGCUCAGAAAAGGAGCUACGUGAAGUGGAGAAACUCCUGGAUGAGGAUAUGCCGGAGGAAGCCAUCCUUAAUUGUGAUUUGGAGGAGGAAGAGCGUCUGCUGGGGGAAAUAAAUUCUGCACAAUAAUACGCCAUCCACGGUGACCGGGGUGGAGCCAAAUAAUUUGGCACUAAACUUCCGCCCGAGAACAUUGAUGACAAUGCUUAACAGAGGGGGAGAAGAUGCAGAGGAAAAGAAGCAGUGCAAGCCGAAAAUUAAGAGGCCCGUGAAGGAGUUCUCAAGAGGAUCUGUGAAAGAUUCUAGAGCCAGGCGAGAAGUCAAGGAGUCUAAAGGAAAGCAAGAACAGAAUGGAAGUCUGGAGGAAGGUCAAGAAGUUCUAUACUUCCAUACUCUUGGACAGCAAUGGGCGCGAGCGAAGGUGAAGAAACGGCUCAGCAAAACAGUCUAUCAGAUAGACAUCCGUGGAACUCUUAAGAAGGUUCAUCGGGACCAAAUAAAACCAUUUAUAAAACGAGUAAGGUUCCUGGAUGGUCUUCCACCGCAGCCCCAAGCUCACCAUGAGACACCUGUGUCAGACAAUCAGGAUGACUUUCACACACCGCCUUUGACAACAAGAACACCUGUACAACGCAGAAGAAGACGGCGAAUAGCAGAUGAUGUUUCAACUCCCACCUUAAGGCGAUCCAAACGCAUACAGAAGAAAUUAUCAUUUGAUAUAUAGAUUUUAUUAUUUUUGAAGUAGUUGCAUGAUUUUGAAUUGUAAGUCUUAGCUAAAAGGGGGGAAAUGAAAUGUAUGAGACAAAGAUGGGUCCAAUGUACCAUCCAUUGGAGAAUACCCACAAAGAGGUGGCA